GACAAUUUAUAUUUGGAUUUUUAAAUGAUUAUCAUGUAAUUUUGUAUAAUUUGUAUGAUUUUAUAAGGGAAAAUGACACAUACCACCUAUGAACUUUCUAGCCUUUACCCUUUUAGUCACUUAACUUUUUUAAUGACUUUAUGAGGGAACAAACUUAUUUUUGUUGGGUCGAUUACGUCUUGAAGUUUUGAAGGGUAAGCCCGUCACACUUUUUCCAUUUCAUUUAAAAAUGCCACAUAAGCUUGCCACACACACUUAUGGACCCUACUUUCCUUGACUUUCCUUGACCCACCUUCACCCACAUUGACACACCUCCUUGGAUUGUGAUUCCAUUUCACUGCAGCUGUAUGAAAACCCAAAAUACAAACCACACUUUAAAAAAAGCUAUUUCUAUUCAUUAACAUUACGAUGCAAUGAUUAAAAUGAUUUGGCUCGGGUGCCUUCAAAUCAGAUGUACGAAGGAUUUUUAAGUUUUUAGCAUAUUAUCAGCAAGGAAAUGUCGACAACACCUCUGGGGAAGUCUUGAUGAGUCUCCGAAUUUCGUUAGCGGCUUCAAUUUUGGAACAGGGGUUGUUGGGAUCAUCUUGGAUGAGGAGAAGAAAUGUGUGGGUGACGGCGGCGACGUUGGUGGCGAUGGUGAGGUGACCGGGUUGUGAAUCCAUGGAGUGAGGGGAGGUGAUUCACUGAGAGUUGCUCUGGGUGGUCGAUAUGUAAUUUUUGAGGGUGGUCAGAUGCAAUUUUGGCACAAGCCAGGGGUAAUAAACCUCUCUCUAUAUUGCUUUCAUGGUGGAAUCCAUCAAGGGAUUAUGGGUUCGAUUUGUGUAUCCAGUCAUCAAUUCUUCUUUUUUUGGGUUUUUUUUGAAGCUUUCAACUACUUCAUCUAACUUUGAAGAUAUAUGUUUGAAUCGAACCCAAAUGCAAGAUAUGAAAGAGGAUUCUUAAGGGGUUUCAAAGAUGAUGAUUCAAAUCUAAGACAAAAAUCGUUCCAUUUUAUUUUCUAGGGUUCGGUUUAGGGGUUUUAGGAAAAAUGGAAGGUGAACCAUGCCCAGAUCGACAAACACAUGGUAUAAAGAUCUAGAAAACGAACACAUAUGAGUUCUGGUUUUGAACUUUUCUUACGUUUCGAUUUCAGAUUCAUAACAACAAAUACAUCUUCUUUUUUCUAUAUUUUGUUUCAUUGAUGUUCAUCACAAUUUUUUGUCAUUCACCCAAGUCAACAAAUCGGGUUGGUGGAAGAUGGAUGGUGGCAGAGGUGGGAGAUCUGGGUUUUGUUCUUGAAUUUGGUGGGUUUUGUUCUUGAAUCUCACCUAAGGCUUUUGUCUUCCACAUAUACAAGUCUACCACUUCAUCUAUCACAGGAUAUAAUAUAGCAAGAUAAUAUGAUUAUUUUUCAUCAUUCAAUAUUAUAAUCAAACAACAUGGUUUCUUUUCCAAUCAAUAAAUUUUUGGGUAAAUUACACCGUUGGUCCUUCGUGCACAUGUCAGAAAGCGUGUUUAGUCCCUAUUUCCAAAAUUUAACUAGUGCAGUCCCUCGUUGUUAUUUAUCUUGCACGGUUAGUCCCUAUGCACGUUAACUGUUAAAUUCUUCCGUUUAAGCUACCCACGUGCCUUGCACGCAGGGGCAUUUUCGUCUUUUCAGGGUUUGUAUACAUGAACCAGUAUGGCGCGACUUCGAUAACCGAUCAUUUCUCAUUUCAUCCUCCGUCGACCCUUAACAUUGCACGAGAAAACCCUAGUUUUCUACGAUGGUGAACUGGAGGAUUAGGCAAGAAUAGGAGGAAUAUGAUCUCCAAAGCUCAUACGCUGACAAUCCAUCUAUGUUCUCGAUACGAUUGAACUAUGGUGGAGUUUUUACGAAGUUUCCAGGCCGCAAAUACAUAAAGGGGAAGAUGAAAUAUAUUGAUGCCAUUGAUAGUGACUUGUUCUCGGUGCAUGAUAUGGACGAGAUAAUGGAAUUGCUUGAUUGUGUGGAACCAGGUAAAAGUAUUUAUUAUCAUUUCAAACGACCAACCUGGGAUUUAGAUUUUGGGUUGUAUGCUUUGGGUUGUGACGAAGAUAUAAACCACUUUAGGUCAUACGUGUAUGAACACAAGGUGAUAGAAGUGUAUACAGAGUUUUGGGAAACCAAGCUGCAUACGUAUCAAAUGUCCCCAAACCCUGCAAAGAUAAAGAUACACGAAAUUCCUGAGUCCCUUUGUCGUAAAAGCUUGUUAUUGACAUGGUCAAAUUCAGGGGAUUGUCCUAGUGAAGAAGCCCCUGUUUUUGAGAAUGUAGAAACUAUGGAUGAACCCCCUAGUACAUUACUUGAAACAACCUUGGAACAACCCCUUUUUACAUUGAGUGAAACAGUUGAGUCAACCCCUGCCUAUAUACCAAGAAUUGAAAGCCCUUUGACUGAACCAAUGAUAGGAAGCACAUGUCCUAAUGUUGAUGGUUGGGAUGAUACAUUUGAAUGGUGUGAACCUUUUCGUGGGACUCCUAUGGAACAAGAUGAACCAAAUAGUGAAAAAGCAGGUGAAGACAGUCAAGCUAGUAAAACAGUCAUGAUAGUGAUGACAAUGGAGAUAUUGAAUACAGUCAAGAUAGUGAUUACAUAGUUGAUGAAGAUAAUUUGUUAGAUGAUCCAGAGGUUGAUAUGAAGAACUUUCACCUCAACAUUGACAAAGAGGUGGAGUGGGUUGGAAGUUUUCCUGAUGAUCGAGAUGAAGCAGUAGAAGGUGAUGAAGAAUUAGAGGUUAUAAACACUGAAGAAUUUGUAUUUGCAUCUUCAUCAGAUGAGGGUGAAGCUAGUAAAAAAAGGAAGAAGAUAAGAGAUUUACGAAGAGCACAUAAGAAUGAAGCAGCUGCUGUCAAAGAUCCAUUUUACAUCCACCAAACUUUUAGCACAGCCAAGGAAGUUAAACAACAAAUUUAUCUUCAUUCCAUACAGAGUAGAAGGGAGUUAGACUUCGUCAAGAAUGACAAAAACAGGAUUAGAGUGGUUUGCAAAGGGACAAUACCAAACCUUGGGAUAUUAGAAACAGGUGGGACCAGCAAAAGUAAUGACAAAGUGGGACCAAUUCAAAAGAAAAAGAAAGUGAAAGAUGGUUCUAUUCAUAAAUGCCCAUGGGUCCUACUAGUGAGUAAAUGGAAAAAAGACAUUAACUGGACUGUUAAGACCUAUGAAAAGCAACAUACAUGCCUUCAAACAAGGAAAAUUAGGGCAUGCAACUACAAGUUUCUCUCUGAACAGAUUGUUGACACAGUGGAGGCAAACCCCGAAAUACCACUUAGAGCAUUACGUGAGAUGCUUGAGAAGAAAUACCAACUUGGAUUGUCAGACAUGAAAGUUCAUAGGGCGAAAACGAAAGCCCUGGAAUCAAUUAGGGGAGAUUUUGCUGCUCAGUACUCAUGUCUAAGAGACUACUUACAGGAGGUGCAAAGUAGAAAUCCAAACACCACAGUCAAACUUCAAGUGCAAAGUGAACCAUGUUAUGCAUUUGAGACCAGGGUAUUUGAACGAGUAUACAUUUGUCUUGGUCCACUGAAAAGUGGAUUUGCAGCAGGGAAAAGAGAUUUACUAGGGCUUGAUGGUGCAUUCAUGAAGGGUCCAUACCAUGGUAUGAUCCUGACAGCAGUGAUGGGAACAAUUGCACAUACCCUUUGGCAUAUGUAGUUGUUGAAGCAGAGAACUUUAAUUCAUGGACCUGGUUUUUAACUAACUUAGGAGAUGAUCUUGGUUUGUAUGCAAACUCCAACUUCACUUUCAUAUCAGAUAGACAGAAGGGGUUAUUGCCUGCACUUGAGAAACUUUUCCCAGCAGCAGAGCAUAGAUAUUGCCUAAGGCAUCUUCAUGAGAACAUGAAACGUAAAUGGAGGGGCAAGGAAUUCAAGGAUUGUCUUUGGAAAUGUGCAACAUAUACCACCAUACCACAAUUCAACAGUGCCAUGGAAGAACUAAAGAAACUUAAUAGUGAAGCAUAUGACUGGCUUAAUUCUAUUCCACCUAAGCACUGGUCCAAAUCCCACUUCUCAGGGAGGGCACAUUGUGAUGCUUUGUUGAAUAAUAUGUGUGAGAGUUUGAAUAGCAAGAUAGUGAAGGGUCGUGAUAAGCCAAUUAUCAGUUGCUUGGAGUUUAUUAGGGAGUAUAUCAUGAGGAAAAUUGUCAUGGUUCAAAAAGAAAUUGAUAAAGCUAAUGGCCCAUUAACUCCUACAGCCACUAAGACCCUUGAAAAAAUUAAAGAAAAGGCAGUACAGUGUAGGGCAGUGUUCUGUGGCAAUGGGAAGUACCAGGUUACAAGUGAAGGUACUAAUCAGUAUGUGGUUAAUAUGGACCAACAAACUUGUUCAUGUAACAGGUGGGAACUGACAGGCAUACCCUGCAAACAUAGUAUAGCAGCUAUAUGGGAUAUGAGGCUCAACAAUGAAAAUGUUGGAAUACCUGAGACAUGGGUACACCCAACUUAUUGGCUCAAGACUUGGAAAGAAAUGUAUGUCUUCAAAGUUGAACCUAUUAAUGGGAGGUUUUUGUGGGAAAAAAGCACAUAUCCUACCAAGUUGAUACCACCAAAGUAUCGUGUCCCUAUUGGCAGACCAAAAAAAAGAGAAGAAGAUCUGCAACAGAAGAUGAUGGAGUGUCCACAAAUGGAAAUCUGUAACAUGCACAAAAUGUGGAAAUGUGGGCCAUAAUGGAAGGACCUGCAAGGGACAAUCACAGACUGGGAAUGGAACAGGAGAAGGUGCAGCAGGGAAUACAACAGGAGAAGGUGCAACAGGUAGCAGUGGUGGUGUACAAAAUGGAGUUGGGAACAAAGGAAAAAGCCCCAUGCUUUGAGAAUUUGUAGUUUGGUAUCAUGAUCAUGAAGAAUAACUAUGUUUUUGUUAGGCAUUUAUUGCCAUAUUACUUUGUUGUUAUGUUUUGUAUUUUGAUACUUUGUUGCUGUCUAGGAUAACUAUUUGUAUGCCAUAACACUAUGUUGUUAUUUUGGAUGUCCCUUUAUGUUAAUGGUUAAUGGUUAUCUUGGAUAUUUUAA